AAGCAUGCAUUAAAAUUGACCAGACGUGAUAAGUUUUUGUGACGUUCCUAAUGUAAAUUGCUAACACCCAGCAUAGUUUAUAAUACAGUUAAUUUUGAUUUAGAGGACAGUCUUGUAAACGUGCUUCCAUAGACACAGGAAAACUUUAUAUAUGCAUUUAUUCAAUUAGACUUCUAUUUGUGUUUUAUCCUGUAUUGAACCAUGCUAUUAGUUUUUCACUUAGUUUAUUUAAUUUUAUUGAGAAUUAUAAUUUUACUUCUUUUGAAUUGAAAUAAUUAUUGUGACAUUUCAAGAUGAUAGUAUUUGGUUUGAAAUGCAUUUACUUUUUGUAGUUUAGUUCCUUUUCAAUAUCUGUUUGCAUUAAAGUGAAUAAACAAGACACUUUUUGGAAGCAUAUAUAGUAUUUUAUUUUUGUUCAUACUUACAUGUAUAAUUCUCCCUAAUUAACAGGAGAUCAGGACAACACAACACCAAGGGGUGAUUAAAACUUAUUGUGAACUGUCUGUUUGUGAAAAAAAAUUCUGUGUGAUUUUAUCACAAUAUUUUUAAACCUUGGUCAGUGAAAGUUUUAGAUGAAAUUCUCAGUCAUUUUCAAUUUGGGACAAAUGUAGGUACAUUGUUACAAGCAUGAUUACAUCUAUUGUGUAAGCUUAAGCCGUAGUCUUUGUAUGUACGUAGUAUGUAUUUUUAUAUCUGAAUGUAUCAAAUAAUUCUACAUUGUUGUUAGAAUGGUCGAAACAUGUAGAUUUUUAGACAAUUACAUGUUGUAAUCAUAUUUUUUCCUUGGCAGGGGGUAAAAAUACUAUCAUAAUGAGCUUAAAAUCAAUGACAUCUAAAGUAAAUUUGGACUUUGCUUUAAUAUCUGCAAUAUGUUUAGUACCUAAUGUUUUCCCUGACCAAGGUUAAAGUAUGAGAGUUGCAUGUGUGAAUCAAAACUAAAUUAGCAAAUUUUUUGUGCCUUUUUGUAGAUUUUUGUAUUCACCAUUUUUAAGAUUUUGUUUACACAUUUUUGCAAAUGAAAGUCUUUUUAUGCAUAAUGGAUUUUUCUUGGAAUUUUUCAUGAAUCGAAAUUAGAUAUGGCAACAAAAACUAAUUUUUAUUUAUGUUACAUGCUUGUUUCAUUUAGGUUAGUAAUUAUAUUUUAGCAAUUUGAAGAAGAAGAAAAAAGUAUAUUAGUUUUAUUUUCAUUUCAAUGAAGAUGUGAAUGACAAUCCAAAAUCCCUCGAUACAUUUUUAAUCAAUCACAAGGCACAGCUGAUUUUCACAUUGAUGUCCAUAUGUUUGCUUUUUUGCCUUCUUUUAAUUGAAGUCACUAAUUAACUGAUGUUGUUUGACAACUGUACCCACCACCUUCCUGUCACCCAACACAGCCCCUGGUCAUCACACACCACAAUGUACCAGAUGUUGACCAUCUCUUAGUAAGAAAUCUAUGGUGAGACUGGUGCUGAUUCACAAGAUGACAAGUUCAAUGUGUUAAAGAAUCAAACUCAGGAGAUCAGAGAACAGGAGGAGAAAGAAGGUGUGGAUGAGGUAGAUAGCAAAGAUCAGAAUGUCAAAGCAACAAACAAGCAGGUUAGAUUCAAUGAAAAGGUUCAGAAAAUGGGAACUCCAGAGUCCUCAGUCAGUAAGCCAGGCGUGAUGAAUGACGAGGAUGACAGAGCUAAAAUUGAAGAUGUGAAACCUGAUCUGAAGAACAAAGAACUGAAUGGUCAUAUAAGUCAUGAUGAUGAAGGUGCCAUGGACACUUGUGAUGAAGUCUCUGAAAUAGAGACUGACUUUGAAUCUCCAGGGAAACAAAAAGAAAAUGGGAGUAAAGAAAUAGAAAGAAAGCAAGAGGAACUGGGAGAUGGAGGAAAUAAACCUCAAACGACAGAAGAUGGUGAGGAUGCAAGCAAGGAAUUGGGCGAUCAAAAAUCAGAGCAAAAGAAAGGAGAAGAAGAUAGUUAUUACUCGGAUGACUUUGAAGCAUCUAGUGCUAGUACUGUUUUGUCAGAUAAAGGUGCCGACAAAAAGCAGGAAGAAGGUGAGAACAGUUCAACAAAGGAAAAGGACACUUUUGUUCAAAAUACUAAAACAAGCCAUCAUGGUGAGUAUUAUGAUGAAGCUUAUGCAUGUGAUGGAGACAAACUUUCACUGCAUGAUGAGAAUGAAAUAGCUUGCAUGUCUGUAAAUGUGAAUGUGAAGGAAAAUCUUGAAACAACUAGUGUGAAGUCAUUUGAUGAGGAAAAGAAAUUCUAUGUAGAUGAAGAUAGCGAAGAUGAAGAACUGAAAAAAGGUCCUUUACAGACCACCUAUGAAGACAUGAAUAUAAUUGGACCUUUAGCUGCUCUUCUGAUGAAAGUCAGAAGAAAGAAAAGAGAAAUGCAAUCUAGAUUAUCUAUUGAUUCGGAAUGUGAGCAAGAUGCAGAGAGGGAGACAUCAGAGGGAUUUAGUUCUUCGAGUUCUCUUGAUAAAGAGUCGGCUAAAUUAGGUUCCCAAGCCUCAUUAUCAUCUGUGCCAUUUGAAAAUCAACUGAAUGGAAAGAAAAAAUUGCAACCCAUUGUAAUGGACAAGAAGAAAAAGAAAAAGAAAAAUUCGAGCACAAGUUCCUUGACAGACAGUGGUAGAAUAUCUUUCGAACCAAAUGGCAGAUCAAGGAGAUUGUCAGAUGCAAGUAUUAGGAGUUUUGACAGCCACAAGAGUAUUGAGCAACAAAUGAUAGAAACAUCACAGGAUGUUGUGAAGGCUGUACUUGAAUCCCAAAAGCAAAUGGCAAUUUCGAUUCAGCAAGUUACUGAAUCGUCUAAACUUGUAGUGAAUUCCUCAAAAGAAGUGCUAGAAUCUAGCAAACAAGUAAAUGAAUCUUCUAAACAAGUUAAUGAGUCUUCAAAGCAAGUCAAUGAAUCAUCGAAACAAGUUGUUGAAUCUUCUCAGAAUGCCAUAGAUACUGCAAUGCAAGCAAUACUUUCCAUCAAACAGACUGAAAAAGAGUUUGUUAAUUUGAUAAAAGAUGAUAAACAACUAGAAGACAAUGUAACUGAUGCAGAAGUUGAUGCUCAGAAGACACUAUCAGAAAACAUGUUACCAGAAACUGCAGAGAUUGGUGAUGUUGAAAAACCUGACUCCAAGGAUGAUUCCAGCAAUACAGGUAUGAUGGAGGAAAGAACAAUUACUGAAUAUCCAGAACCAGCAAAUGAAACGGAAAAGACUGAAAUGGCGCAAAAUGAAGGGGACAAAGACAGCGAGGAUUUGGAUACAUCUUCUCAUACUGUUAUACAAAAAUCAGCACUUUUUGAAAGUAAAGAUUUUGAUUCUUUCCCUGCCGAAGAUUCAGUAAACAGCAUAGAAGAUAAAAACUUCAAUAAAGUGGUGAAGCUGAUAGAUACACUACCAGAUGCUGAUAUUAUCCACACACCUAACAAAAGUAAUCUAUCAGAAUUGCACAAAAGCAAUUUGUUUGAUUUUAAGGAUAUAGAUUUGGUACCUUCCCAUGAUGAAAUUAGUGUAAGUAAUGAACUGCAUGACAUCAUUGACCUUAUGAAGAAAGAUGAAAACGUGGACCAAAUUGAUGGUGAGGUACACACUUAUGCAGAAGAAAUGCACAUACCUGCUGAAUUUCAUUAUGCUGAUUAUAGAAUCUAUUAUGACAAAAUGGAAAAACAAUCAACUGUUCAACAAAAUGAAAGUUUGAAAGAAUUGUCGCUGAGGGAUGAAACGGUGUGCUCACAGGAAAAUGAAAACGCUUACAAUUCAUCAUCACCUUUUGCCAGAAGAAAUUCAGAAAAUACAGAUUUCUUUGAUAAGGAAAGCAUGCUAGCAAAGAAGAAAAGGUCUCGGUCAAUGCCAGUGGCUAUCAAGAAAACAGAAAUUGAAAAAAUUAAACCAAAAACAUUUGUUUAUAUUGCCAAAGACGAAACUUUGUACACAGAGACCGUUGAUGUUAAAGUUAGAGAAGUUAUCAUAGAAGAUGACUGUGAUGAACAAUCUGAAAAUAAAUCUUCUACUCCUAGGAGUAGGUCUCUGCCUCAGGAAAAAAAUGAAAGUAGCAAAACAAGUGAUAAUUCAGACUCCUCAAUACUUGUUCAUAAGAGCUCUGAAGAAGAUGCUCUCGUAAGUUGUAUAUCAGAUGAUGAACAAUUUGACAAUAUAUCAUUAAACACAAGUGGAGAAGCAGAGUUGGUUGUUGAUAAAGUAUUGCUAAAUAUCAGAAGAAAGAGUGGGCACUCAAGCCUAGAGGAAUAUGUAAAAUCUCAACAAGUGUCAGAGGAAACAAAAAAUGAAGACACUAUUUCGUUAGAUACAGUGAACGAAGCAGAAUUGAUCGUUGAAAAUGUGCUACAUAAAUUGAAGAAUGAAAAUAUGCAGUCCUGCCAUGGACAAAAGAGAGAAAUAGAAUCAGCUUCUCUGAAGCCAAUUACGCCACGUACUGAUCCUGACGGACAGGUUACUCAGUUUGUGAGUGACGAAUCAUCCACUGUGAAAGAAAACAUGGUGGACGUCCAAGGUAGCUCAGGGGAUGGCAUAGUGAAAAGUUCAAGUGAUGACUAUGAAGAUAAUUCUGUAAAAAGUUCAUGUGCAGGAAAAGAUGACUCAGUCGGCAAACCUAGACCAUUACGAAGACAGGGUGCUGUACAGAAUCUGUAUGAGGCGAUUGAUGUUGAGACUGUGCCAUCGCUAGAUGAAGCAUGUGAAACAUUCAGAAAACAAAUUGACGAUGAUGACAAUUCAUUAAGCACAAGUGAGGAAGCUUCAUUGAUUGUUAAAAGGGUUAUUGAAGGAAUAUCAGAUGAAGAAAGUUUGGAGAGGAAAGAUUUAGUCAAUAAGCAAGCUGUUAAUUUAAAUAAAAAUACUGAUGUUCCUGUUACUGAUAGUACAUCUAAUGCAGUUUCACUUAAUGCUAGUAGCGUUGAAAAUCUGACUGAAAAAGCCAAUUCCUUUACAAAAGGUGAAAACUUGGUUUGUCCUGAAAAUAUUGGCAAGGAGACUAGAUACAGCCCAGCUCCUAAGGAAGAAAAUGAAGACGACACAUGCUUUCAACCAAUCAAGGAUGAAAUUGAGGAAAACACAACACUCAUAGUUGCAGAUGAAAGCAAGCAUUCUUCAAAUACUGAUUUACAAGACAUGCGAGAUGAAUCAGAAAUGUCAAAUACCCCAAAUUUAGAACCAAUCCCAAUUGAAAAAGAAGAAGACCGAGCAAUAAUAUGCCCAGUUGUAGACAGAACAGAACUAGAGAGUCAUUCUCAACAGCUGCCAUUUUUAGUGAAGGCCAGAUCUGGAGCAAUGGUUGUAAAGUAUCCAGAGCCAGAACAGCAGACAGCAAAAGAAGAGGAAAUCAACAGUUUAAUUAAUGAAGAGAUGAAGGCAAUGACAAAACCUGGUAAAGACCUAAAUGAUGUGAAAGAUAAUGAUACGCCUUGUAUUACUGUUACAGAGGCAAGUGAUGUUUCAAGAGGUAGCGACGAAUCAACUGUUGAGUCUAAAAAUAGAAAAUACACGAAUGAAGAAGGUCUUGCAAACACACAUGAAACAGAUAUUCAAGAUGAGGUGCGUGAACAAGUAUACGAAGGAGGAAAUAAAGCUGUACAGACAACAGAAAGAAAAGACACGAAUGUAGAAGAUAUUGCAAACAAAGAUGAAACAGCUGCUCAAGAUGGAGCAAAUGAACAAAUAUAUGAAGAAGGAAAUAAAACUGUGCAGACAACAGAAAGAAAAGACAUUAAUGUAGAAGAUAUUGUAAAGAAAGAGGAAACAGCAGUUCAAGAUGGGAUAAAUAAACAAUUGUGUGAAGAUGGAAAUAAAACUGUACAGUCAUUAGAAAAUGAAAGUAAGACAUUUGAGGAAAUUACAACGAAACCUAAACUAAGCGAAAGGCCAGAUUCAGCGGUUUCUUUAAGCUCUAGUUCUGAGUCCUCAGAAACAGAUGUGAAGUUCUUUAUGAAUGAUGAGGAAGUCAAGUAUCCUCGCGAAUUUCAGAAUGGGACACCAGCAGAGGGAACUCCAAACUUACUGGAGAUUGAUGGUAAAAUAAUCGAUUUAGAUAAUCUUGAGAGCUUAGACAAAGAAACUUACAAAAAAGUGAUGGCAGUGGCCUACAAUAUUGAUAUUAUGUCCACGAUUUCAGAAGAACAUUCAACAAGCCAGAGCACAGCCCAUUUAUCAAAUAAAUGAGGAAAAGCAUGACAGGAUGGUAUUCACUCUUGAAGUUAGCUUGGUAGCUGUGGUAGAAAUGUGUCCUUGUUCAUUGGCAUGCUUUAGUAUUCUAUCAGUGUUUUGUCCUUCUAGAGCUAUAACGUUUGUGUUUGUUGCAUUACUUGACAAGAGAGCAUGAUAAUGUUUUGUGAUCUUCAAUGUGAACAACUGAACAACGUGGACAUUAUUUCAAAUGUUUUAUCCAAGUUUCGCACAUAUUUUAUGCUUCGUAAAUUUGUGUGGAUUAUUUGUGUUUUGUUUCAUUCAUGCAUUGUUGUUGAUAGUACAUAUACAUGUAUAUAGCUGUUCACACUAAAGUUAUCAAAGUAGAGGUCGCAUGCGAUCGUGUUAUAAAUAUAGAUUGUUGUUGUGUGAUACACAUAUUUGUAUUAUCAAUAUAUUAUAUGAUUUUGACCUUAAGUUCACAGUCAUCUUCUAAGCUAUUUACUUUUUAGGACAUUAAGAUUCAGAAUAUCAUAUUUUUUCCUCGCUAUUUUUCAUUGUGUCUUGCCAACAUGCAUUUAUUGUUUCCUAUGUAUUACACUGGAAUGGACAUUGUCAAUCUUUUCUUUCAGCUGCUCUAAUGGAAAAUGUUGAUUGCCUCUCGGUUAUUUCAGAGGAAAAAUAUCUUUGUUAUGAUGCGGUAUCAAUUCAUGAUUGAGUGGUUUACAUUUCGGAGGUGAAACAAUUAUAUUGUGUACUUGUAUUGAGGGAUUUAACAAUUACAUCGUGUAUUUGUAUUGAGGGAUUUAACAAUUACAUUGUGUAUUUGUAUUGAGGGAUUUUGGUGUUAGUUUGACUGUUCUUAGACUUUUUAGAUUCUAUAUAUAAGAAUGACCUCUGUUAUUUUUUCUCAAUAUUGUAGACAGGAAUGGUUAUGGAUUCACGUAAUAUAGUAUAAUUACAAGAGAAAUAUUAUGGUUAUGCACUUUCUUUGUUAAGGUCAAUAUUCUUAUCUCAUGAAUAUCUGAAGACUUAUUUCUAUUAUUAUUACAUGUGUUAUUAUUAAAACUGUGAAAACAAUGAUUUAUUGAUAAUCAUUCCAAAUAAAUUAAAGUUGACAUGUACAGUGUACAUGUUUAUACAUAUUACGUGAGGUGGGUACUUUCCCUCCGGGAUCACUAUUAUAGAAUUGGGUAGAAUUUGUUUUCUCCCAUUGGAGGAAGUUACUUAGUGCACCUUUAGAUUCGGUGCUGUUAAUAUUGCCAGUCAUUUUUUUGUUUACUUAAUUAUAUAUUAAUGUUAUUCUAUUAUUAUAAUAUUAAUUACCAACAGUUUGUAUGCUAAGUCGAUUGGGUUUAUAUGUUUGUGUUUUUCAUUUUACUUUUAGUGCAUGAAGUAGUUUUCUGGUAUUUGAUUAUGUAAGAAUCAGUUUGGAAUGGGUCCUUAUUUAACACAUUUUUACAAAUACAAUGUAAUGUUACAAAUUACUAUUAGUUCCUGUAAAUAUUGUUGGUCUUGUGAAAAAUCAGUUUCCAGUUGUAAUAGAUUAUAUAUCAGUAUUUUAUCCAUAUGUUGAAAAAAAAAAUCGAAAAUCAAUUUUGAACACUAUUUCAUCACAUUGGUUGACUUUGGUUUUUGCCCGAUUUAAGUGCAGCCCCCAGAAGUUUCUGCCUUUGGUUUUUGUCCAAUUUAAGUUCGGCCCCCAGAAGUUUCUGCCUUUGGUUUUUGCCCGAUUUAAGUUCAACCCAAAGAAGUUUCUGCCUUUGAUUUAAAAACUAUACGUAAUUUAAAAUUCAUUUUGCUAUUUCGUAUUUACGUUCAUAAUAUUAUAUAUUAAGUCUUAAUGAAUAUUAUAGAUAUCCAAAAUGCUCAAAACAAAGCAUGGGUCUUGUUUAUGUUAACAUGGCACAUGUAACGACUAUCAACAUGAAGCCAAUGUUGACAGCUUCGGUUAAAAACUUUUACAAUGAAAAUUGUCAGUUUUCUUCUUAGAGCUUGCUCCCUAAAUUAAAUUAUCAUUUACCUUUGUCCAAAUAUGGAAUACUUUUGACAUUCGUUUUAGAAAUCUUGGGAUUCUUGCCUCCGCACGAGGUUUUCUGGCUAAUGAUAAGCGUAUGUUUAUAAUCCUAACGAAUGCGCGCACAUUCGACUCACUGUAGAUUUGGAAAUGCACCAUGUCUUCAAACACAAUUUGGGAAGCUGAACUUUGUGUAAAUACGAGGUGUAUCCUGUGUAAAAAUAUUUUUCAUCCAAUUAUUUAUAAAAGAUCUUUAUUUUUAUAACAAAAUAAACUGUCAAUUUCAAUCGAGGAAAAAUCGUGUCCAUGCCCCUUUAAUCGUUCUUAUUGGCUUUUAAACCGUAUAUGGCAUGCAGCAUGCAUGGGAAAAUCAAAAACAUGUCUGAAAUGUUCAGACUAUUGGCUUCUAUGUGAAAUCACUUAAUUGCAUUACGUACCAAAAACGACCCCUCUUGCAGACCGCAACAUGGGAGUUGGUAUCCAAAACACAUGUAUUAACACUUACUUCUAAUUGACAAAAACCAUUAUUAAUGGACUGAAACCUUCAGAAUUUUUGUGGGUUGAAGUUGAAUAGGGCCAAAAUCUGUCUUGUCUUCCUCCAAGAUCAAGGAUGGUUAUUGAAAUAUGCGCAUGUCAUUAGCUUGAACCCAUAAUUGAUUGAAGAAUGUGUUUUUUGUCUAUUCUGAGUUUUAGAAAUACUGGCAUUUAGAUAAACAUAUAUUUUCUACCUAUUUGUUUUCACAAUGUUGAAAAUUAUUAUCACCUUUUCAAAGAGAUUUUUUCAAUAUAAAAAAUAGAAAAAUAAAGGUUUUCCAAACCC